AAGCAACAGAAGGGUUCUCUUCAGAAAAUUUGAUUGGUACAGGGGAGGUUCCAAGAGUUUUAUGGCCGAGUGUGAUGCCUUGAGAAAUAUUCGCCAUCGCAACCUUCUGAAGGUCAUAACUUCUUGUUCAAGUCUUGAUUACCAAGGCAAUGAUUUCAAAGCUUUGGGGUACGAGUUCAUGACAAAUGGGAGUCUUGAGAGUUGGUUGUAUUCAAUACAACAUAUGCUCAAUCUUGCUCAAAGAAUUAGCAUAAUCAAAGAUGUGGCAUUUGCGCUUGAAUAUCUACAUUGUCGUUGUGGGUCUAUUGUUGUUCAUUGUGAUUUGAAACCAAACAACAUUUUGUUGGAUGUUGAUAUGGUUGCACAUGUUGGAGAUUUUGGGCUCGCGAAAAUUCUUUCUCUGGAAGAAGUUUCUAGUACAAACGAGAGUAGCGCAAGUGUUAUCAGAGGAACCGUGGGGUAUGCACCUCCAGAAUACGGACUUGGAAAUGAAGUCUCGACGAGUGGUGACAUAUAUAUCUUUGGGAUUCUAUUAUUAGAGAUGUUGACAUGAAAGAAACCUGUUGAUCCAAUGUUUGAAGAAGGGCUAGGACUGCAUUCCUAUGCUAGAAGCGCCUUGAACGAUGGUUCUGUGCUUCAGAUCAUCGAUCCAGUACUCCUAGAUGAGAAUGUACAUGAAAGGAGUUUGAUCUCAUUGAUAAAAAUUGGAGUAACAUGCUCUUCCGAUUCUCCACAAGAUCGAAUAGAUAUUGCCACCGUUGUUCAUGAGCUUUUCUUAAUGACUUCUACAACCAGAUCUUGAUUUAUUAAACGUCUACAACGCAACUAGUGUCACCCAAAA